AUGGCGAUCAAAGUCCCUGCGGGCCAGUCACCUCCCUUUGAGACGAUAGACGACAAACACCAUGCUGGUAUCAUCAUUGUCACCGCCGCCAUCUGUCUGAUGAUCUCGCUAGUCUGUCUACUGAUACGGGCAUACGUACGGAAGUUCCUGAGUCCACCGUGGGGUUCAGACGAUAUUGUUCUGUUCGGGGCGACGAUUGCCGCCCUUGUCGAGUCAAUCGUCAUAUUUCACGCUGCGAGGAUUGGCUUUGGGACUGACAUAUCGCUACUCACCCAAGAGGGCGUUGAUCGCAUACAAAAUUCCCUUCUCGCUGCCGACAUUCUCUAUUUACUUACUCUUUACCUCUCAAAAUGUUGCGUUAUUGCCAUAUACAUGCGUUUGACGCCUAGCAUGCGGCACAAGAUCAUCCUUUGGGCGACGUUCGGCCUUACUACAGUGGGUAUUAUCGUGUCGGUGCUGGUUAUCUCAGUGAACUGCGAGGGAAACAGGCCCUGGGUUGUACCUGGCGAUCAGUGCCAUAACCUGUUCGCCCGCUGGCAAGCAAUUGCGGCGCUAGAUAUCUCGACUGAAGUCUUAUUAUUCAUAUUCUCUGUCGCUUUAGUCUGGGGUUUGCAGAUGUCCAUCUCACAUAAAACCGUGAUCAUGGUAUCCUUCGCAGCGAGACUACCGUUAAUUAUCUUCUCUGCUCUCCACCUUUCCAGACUCAAAGAAUACACAAACGUCCACAACCCGACUUUCACGGCAAUCAACCACACAAUCUUCACCCAGCUCCAUCUGAACUACGCCCUUGUAGCAUGCACAGCCUUCUGCCUGCGCCCCUUCAUGAAUGCCCUCACAACUUACUAUGGCACCGCCGGCGACGCUUAUCUCAGCAGCAGUGGUGGCUAUGGGUACGGGUCCAGCGGGCAGGGAGAUACAGACCCCUAUGCGUCGGGGAGGUCGCGAGAUUACGAGCUGGGGCGUUUGAAAGGACGACCUACACGCCGGGCAAGUGUGUUGCUCAAGGAUAGACCGGAUAUGGGCGAUGGAACCGAGAAUGGGACGGUUCUUUGUGAGGCUACGGGGCCAGCGCAAUUGGGGGAGGGGAGACCUGAAGCGGACGUGGGUAGUACGCGUAGUGGAAGUGAUGGGAGCACGAGAAUGAUUAUUCGGAAGGAAGUGGAGUAUUCCGUUUCUGUAAUGCGAUCAUAG